AUGUGCUCGACCAAGCAGUCCGAAGAAUUUAACACGGCCUCACGAUCUGUAAGGCCUGGUCUCAUUGCCUCUGGCAUUUCCUCCACAGUGGCCUACACUUACGGCGUAGCAGGCCUAUUUUGGUACGCCGCGGGAGCAACAGUCCAGAUUCUUAUGUUCUCGAUCUUGGCGUGUAAGGUCAAGCAGAAUGCGCCAAGGUGUCAUACUUUCCUGGAAAUUAUCUAUGCUGGAUAUGGCCGUUUUGCACAUAGAGUUUUCAUGCUUUUUGCGUUUUUGACGAAUAUUUUGGUUGGGAGUCAGUUGCUUUUAGGUGGAAGUACGGUGGUGACAAGUUUCGCGGAGAUGAAUAUUUAUGCAGCAAUUUUUCUAAUUCUAACCUGUGUUUGCGCAUACGUUAUCCUCGGCGGCCUUCAUGCUACAUUCCUCUGUGAUUACUCCCACACUUUGAUCCUAAUGAUAAUAAUGCUCUACUUCAUGUUCAACGCCUACGCCACAAACGACCUCAUCGGUUUCCCAGGCUCUAUGUACGACCUGCUCGAAAAAGCCACAACCCAGCGACCCAUCGCCGGAAACGAAGACGGCUCUUACCUAACCCUCAAAUCUAACUUCGGCCUCGUCUUCGGCGUCAUUCAACUCUGCUCUGGCUCCGGCACCGUUUUCCUCGACCAAGCAUACUGGCAACGCGCAGUUGCUUCCCGCCCCACAACAGCCGUGAAAGCCUACAUCUUAGGCGCUGCAUAUGCCACGUCGACGCUGCUUGGGCAGGGAGGAGCAGUUGCUUUGCUUAUUGUGCUGUUAAUGGCUGUUACCAGUUGCGCGAGUGCGGAGUUGAUUGCGGUGAGUUCGCUGCUAACGUUUGAUGUAUAUAAAGCGUAUAUUCAACCUAAAGCUACGGCGAAGCAAUUGAUUUUUGUGAGCCAUGUUAUGAUUUGUGUGUUUGGGGUCACGAUGGUGGUGUUUGCUUGUAUUUGGAAUGCGGCGAGUAUUAAUUUGGGGUGGUUGUUUUUGGUAAUGGGCCUCCUAAUCGGUGGCGCCGUCUUUCCAACCGCCUUCGCCAUCAACUGGCGCGGACAAACCUGCAUCGGUGCGCUCUCAGGCUGUCUAACCGUGCUAGCUGCCGGCCUCAUCGCCUGGCUUACCACCGCCAAACACUAUUAUGGGGAAGUCACAAAAACAACAAAUAUACCUGCAAAACCCGACCACGAUCACCUCCAAACAGUCCAAGCCGAAGAGAAAGCCCUGCGCAUCGAAAUCGGCGCCACGGAUGACCGCAAGUCACUUCGCGGUGCCUUUAUCCUUGCUUGCUGGGUCUCUUUCAUUCUUACCUUCAUUAUGGAUUUCCUAACCUCGAUGCUGAUGUUUUUUAGUCAUUAUAUUUUCUCCAAGGGAUUUUUCACUGGGUGUGUGGUGGUGUCGUUCAUCUGGGUCUUCUGCUCUGGCUUCAUAUCGACCGUCUUGCCGAUUUGGGAGACAAGGGAGUUUUUUGUGGAAUUGUGGAGAAAAAUUCCGGCGGAUCUGAAUGGGCAGGGGAAGGAGAGAGGGAGUUUAUGAAGGUGGGAAGGGAAUGCAUGGAGAGGGGAAGAUUGUGAAGAGAAUGGAACGCCAGAUCUGAC